ACACUUUCUAGCUGGAAAGCGGAGGACAUCCAAACACUACUUAGCGCCAUUUUAACCAACCAGCAAACUUGUUUGGAUGGCUUGCAAGCCACGGCGUCGGCUUGGAGCAUAAAAAAAGGCCUUGCGGUCCCCCUUUCGAAUGACACGAAGCUUUAUAGUGUCUCUCUUGCUCUCUUCACCAACGUUUGGGUGCCCAAGAGAAAGAAAUCCACGACGUGGCAGCCUACUCGGAAACAACGUGGCUUCCGACACGGACGCUUGCCGUUGAAAAUGUCUGGCCAGACACGUGCUAUUUACGAGUCGGUGAGCCGGAGAAAGCUACUUCAGUCCGGCAGUGGCGACGAGGUUUUGGUGUCUGACAUCGUGGUCGUGAGUCCAGAUGGAAGUGGAAACUUCUCCACCAUCAAUGACGCCAUAGCUGCGGCUCCGAACAAUUCUAAAUCCAGCGAUGGCUACUUCUUGAUCUAUGUCACGGCGGGUGUUUACCAAGAGUAUGUGUCCAUUGGGAAGAACAAGAAGUAUUUGAUGAUUGUAGGAGAUGGCAUCAAUCAGACAAUCAUCACCGGCAACCGGAGCGUCAUUGAUGGGUGGACAACUUUCAAUUCAGCAACAUUUGCUGUGGUGGCGCCGGGGUUUGUGGCCGUGAACAUAACAAUCCGAAACACAGCCGGCGCAAUCAAGCACCAGGCAGUGGCGCUUCGAAACGGGGCUGAUUUAUCAACAUUUUACAGCUGCAGCUUUGAAGCUUACCAAGACACCCUUUACACACAUUCUCUCAGGCAAUUCUACAGAGAGUGUGACGUAUACGGCACCGUCGAUUUCAUAUUCGGUAACGCCGCGGUCGUCUUCCAAAACUGUAACUUAUAUCCCCGGCUGCCGAUGACCGGACAGUUCAACGCCAUCACCGCACAAGGUAGGACGGACCCAAAUCAGAACACCGGCACAUCAAUCCAUAACUGUACAAUUAGAGCCGCCGAUGAUCUGGCUUUGAGCAAUGGGACUACUCAGACGUACUUGGGAAGGCCAUGGAAGGAGUAUUCGAGAACUGUUUAUAUGCAGACUUCAAUGGGUAGUUUGGUAAAUCGUGCUGGUUGGAUGGCGUGGAAUGCGACUUUCGCGCUGAGCACUUUGUAUUAUGCUGAGUAUAAUAACACCGGACCCGGAUCGAACACUACGAACAGAGUGGCGUGGCCGGGUUACCAAGUGAUUAACGCCACCGACGCCAGUAAUUUCACGGCGGCGAACUUCUUGCUAGUUGAUGACUGGUUGCCUCAGGCGGGAGUGCCUUACACUGGUGGCUUUAUGUGA